AUGGUCGUUGAAAUUGCAAAUUUCUUAUGCCUACCUCAAUCUAUUUUAGGAAAAAUUUGUCUUAUUUUCCUAUGUAUUGCUGCUUGCAUUUUAUGGUAUGUAUAUACAAGUCUCAUCGCCCCAUAUUGUCGUCUUAAGAGACUAGGAAUAGACGUUCCCAAACCCAAACUAAUUGUUGGUAAUGUAACCGAUUUUGGUCCUGGCAAUGGCCACAUUGCUCAACUCAAGCGGUUACAGAUGUACGGUAACAUCUACGGAACUCUCUUUUUUAAAGUCCCAGCGAUAUGGUUUAACGAUCCUGAAAUGUUAAGGACCGUUAUGGUAAAAGAAUUUUCCAAUUUUUCAAAUCGAUAUUCUCUAACUAAAAGUCUUGGCCCUUUUAGCAAUUCGCUUCAAGAAUUAAAGGAUGAUGACUGGAAGCGUGUUCGAACUAUUCUAACUACAACGUUUAGCUCUGCAAAGCUAAAGUCAAUUAUGCCCAUUAUUGACAAUGCUAGCGAUGAUCUAAUACAAUCUUGCGAUGAUGCGAUAGCCAAAGGCUUACCAAUCGAUUUUUGGCGUCAAAGUGGCAAGUUUUCAAUGUCUGUCAUCCUUGCUACCGUAUUUGGAAUAGAAAUUGAGUCACAGGAGCAAGAAGAAAAAUUAACCGAAGCAGCUGCUACGCUAUUUAGAAGUUUACCUGGUUUAUUACAGUUUUUAAUCAUAUUUAUGCCAUCACUAUUUCGCAUUCUAGAACCAAUCUUAGGUGGAAAAAUAACCUAUUCUAUGGAUUAUUUAACUAAAACAGUCAAAAGUGUCAUCAAGGAGAGGAGAAAGUCUAUGGUAGCUGGGAUACCCUGUCGUAGAGAUAUUCUGCAGCAAAUGAUCGAAGCUGGGGACAAUGAUAAACUAAGUGAUGAUGAAAUCGUAAGCCAAGCAUUUGUAUUCCUUAUAGCCGGCUAUGAAACAACAGCAAAUACCAUUGCCUUUGCAUCUUAUUUAAUUGCGACCAACCCUGAAAUACAACGCAAGUUGCACGACGAAAUUGAUUCCAAUUGUCCUGAUACGACCUCUGUAAAUUAUGAUACCUUAAAUAAUUUGCCUUAUUUAGAAAUGACCAUUUCUGAAACAUUACGGUUGUAUCCUGCUGGUUACAUGGCACAUCGUGAUGUUAGAAAAGAUACUACCAUUAAUGGCAUCCGUAUUCCUAAGGGUAUUAUGGCAGUUAUUCCAAUUUAUGCAGUCCAUCACAAUCCUCAAAUAUGGCCUAAUCCUGAAAAAUUUAUACCUGAGAGAUUCACACCGGAAGAAAAAAUCAAACACCAUCCUAUGGCCUUUAUUCCAUUCGGCGGUGGUCCUCGAAAUUGUAUUGGAACACGUUUAGCCUUGUUAGAAGUGAGAGCCGCUCUAGUGGCUAUUUUACAAAAUUUUCAGUUACUGACCGUCAACGAAACCGAAACACCUUUGCAAAUUACAGCAGGAUCUACUUUAUCACCAGCAAAUGGUAUCUUAUUAGGCCUUAAAAGAAGAUGA